UCUUGAUUUUCCUUUCAACAAAUACAUUUUAUUUCAUAUGUUAUCAGUUAAUUGUUGUCAUAAGGCUACACAGAACAAUAGUAUUAUUUAUUUAAAUAAACAAAAAUGGCGGUGUCACAAAAGAGGCCAAGUGUUGCGUCUGUGUUUUUUGGCGGGAGAGAGCCGGAUGAUACAGAAUAUAUAUUUCAAGAUGAACAGUGCGUAGUAUUUGAUGAACAGAGAAACAAACAAGCGCCCGUACAUUUCAUAGUGGUGCCUAAAAAGAUGACGCCUACUCUAUCAGCCACAACUGUGGAUCACGAAAAAGCAUUAGGGCACUUGUUACUGGUAGCGAAGCAGAUUGCUGUAGAAAAGGGCCUAGACAGAACUGGCUAUCAUGUGAUGGUCGAUGAACAACAUCAAACUAAAAGUCUCAAGUCUCUUCACGUGUUUGGGCGAGCACUACAUCAUAUGGUGUGGCCCACUGGACCUGGAUCAAGACUAUAGAAUUAGAAGUUAGGAGAUUUAAUCACGAUUAAUAGUAAAAUACUUUGUAAGUUAUGUAAAUAUAUGUAUUUAAGUUUA